AUGGAUAACAAAAAUGUUUACAGUGACACUCAAAGAAAACGUGAAAAAAGAAAAAAUGAAACACCUGAGCAACGCGAAGUACGCCGACUUCGAGAUCGCGAGAGAAAGCGCGAAAAGAGAGCUGCAGAAACGACUGAGGAACGAGAAAUGCGUCUCACAAGCAUUCGCAAUCUGUACCAAAAACGUCGAAAACAAGAAAAUGAAAGUGGUGAGAAUAAUGUGAAUAAUGGUAUAAUUGAUAGUGGAAAUGAAGUGAAUGAUGGUGCGAAUGAUCGAGAAUGGA